AUGCGCCCACCAACCAGCCCAGCGAGCUGCUUCGUAUUAUUAGCAGUCCUGGCUGUAUUCGCAGAUGCAGCGAAAUACUCCACCCACAACCCUAACGAGGGCGACCUUCCUGGCCACAGCGACAAGUAUACGGUCGCCGGUUCGAGCGGCUAUGGGUGUCAGGUCGCCGACCACGAAGUGAUGCCGUGGCGCACUCCAGAUCGAAGCGGAGAAGCCGAUGGCUCUCUAUGGACAGGCGAGACAGUUGUGAAAGUUGGCAAAUAUGUCGCCGAUGAGGGCGAGGACCCCAAGACAGUGUGCAAUGGGACCUUCUACCUGCCAACGGUUGCCUGGAUCGGACCGUAUCUCCAGGGCCAGAACGGGGAUAACGGCGAAUUCGCAUUUGGCAUGCUGGCAUUUGAAACGAAUGACACGGACAAGUCGGAUGCGUGGCACGUUUAUCGACCGUGUGACACUGUGUCCGGUGAGGAGGGCUCUGAUGAAUGGCAUCCUUCUGACACAGCCUUUAAGUUCAAAACUGGCGUCAGUUACAGCGAGUCAACUGUGCCUGGUGAUUCUACUGUCGGAUUGCGCCUGAUAUCACGCCCGCAGGGUCCUAAUAACGGGACGAUAUUCUUCAACGGCACGUUCAAUGACAUCAAGGACUCCGGGGAGUACUAUGGCCAGGGCGAGUCGGGCAUUCACUUUUGGUCCUUCUCUUCCAGAGCUGAUCUUAAUUGCACUCGCGUUUCGGAGGGGGAGGACAGUUGGGACGCCUCCAAAGGCGCCAGCGCUAAGAUAGAGCCUGGCUCUGUUAUCAGCGGCAUUCUGUCCAACAACAGCAUUGUUUUACACAUGACAUCGACAACCAUCGGCAAGGCACAUGCAGGCGUUGAAGAGCCCAAGCCAAGAACCACAAAGGUUGGCUCCAGUAGGACUGAUAUUGAGAUCACAUUCAGCGGAGAAUUUGAUUCUCGCAAUUCGUCGCAAAGUCUCAUUGCCGAUACAGCCAGCCCAGCUAUAACAUUCUCGGCUGGAAGAAGGCACGUUCCAUGCAUUCCGCUAUUGUCUGCAGCAGCAGGACUCGUUUUGUAUUCUCUAUCAAUAGCGUUAUAG